AUUGUUUAGUUAUCAUUAUUGUGAAGGGAAAUAUAUAAAUGUUCCAUAACUUUAUCAUUCUUUAAAAAUAAAAUGUGGUUCUACAGAAAAAAAGACAACAUUUUGCGAGUUAUAUGAACUCAUGUGGUGCAAUAACAAUUUAUUUCCUUAUUAGGAAUUCGUGUCUAUGUUUUGCAUGGUUCGUGUUCACGCUCGGGCUGAAUCCUAAAUAGUUUUCUUUUGGCUGUGAAGUGCACUAUAUAGGGUGUUGACGCCAUUCUUUUAUAUUCUAUGUAGUGCGUUUAAAGAGGAUGUAGGGAUUGAAUUAAGAUUCCGCCUCAGACCCGGUCAUCACAGGGAUCAUUGCAGCUGUUUGGCAUGGAAUUGAACUGUACUAAUGAGGGUUAGUACAGAUUUUACUGUUAAUAUAUCUUCUAAUAGGUACCUAUGGAUGCAUAAGUUUCACCUACUUACUUCCCUGCAUUCAGCCCUAGUGUGAUAAGUAGGAGAUCAUGUCUGUAGCACCUUCUCCACCUCCACUACCUCCACCUCCUCCUGCCCCGGCUUGGGCUCCUUCACUGCCUAGCAAGAAGAAGCUGUAUCAGGCCAUAGCAGAGGGAAGGACUGCUGUCGAAGGAGACUUUCAGGAAGCCUGUUUGCUCCUCACACAAAGAGAGAGCAGUUUCAGGAAGGACCUGCAGUGGGUGCUGUUUAACAAGUAUGUGCCUUCAUUGAUUCAAGAUGGCCCCAAAUGUGGAUUAGUGGCGUUAUGGAUGGCAGCCCAUCUGGUGAAGCCUGCCAUGACCAUAUCCAUGGAAAACAUCAUGCAAAUGGCAGUGAACAAAGGCUACACUGCUCAGGGAGAGAUGUUUUCAGCUAGCGAUAUGGCCCUGCUUGCAGAGGAGGUGUGUGGCUUCAGAGUUCAGAGGCUAUCUGGAGGCAUGAUUGGAGACAAUGCUGCACUAAUCCUGAAACAUCUCACUGAUGGACAGCCGGUCUUAAUACCAUAUGAUGAGGACUUUAACCAUGAGCCGUGUCUACGCAGUGGCCACAAAGCUCACUGGGCAGUGGCUUCAGGUGUGUUGCUUGGCCUGGCACACGGGAGUGUAACCAGCGAACAGCUCCCCACUGACGCCACUCUGCCCUGGCUGCAUCUUUCCCGAGUUAGCGCGCCAGCAACCUGGCUCAUGAAUCCAGCUGAGGCCUACAUCUUAGCCAAACAGGGCAAGAGUCUGCGUUACCAGCUAUGGAAGCUUGAAACGGUGGCACAGAGUAAUGCCCAGCUUAGAGAAAUGGAUCCGCAGAGGGCCGGUGAUGGAUCUUACUACGCGCUGCCCCCUGGUGGGGUGGAAGAGGGACUCGCUGGCCAGGUGGUGCUACUAUACACCUCAAAGACAAACUGAUAUCAAGAAGAACACAUGCGAUGGGAGUGCAGCAUGUGUGUGUUUAGUGUGCAGUCAGGAUGUAUACCUUGAAUGGGUGAUUUUUAAACCAGCCUGUAUUUGGCCUUUCAUCCACUAGGUGGCCUUAUUUCUUUGACAUUUCUUGUUAUGUUGCUGCUUUCAGCACCCUCAGGAGUCCUCUGGGAAAUUCAUGAGGAAGUUCCAUUUUUUUUUUGUAACUACAGAUUCCUGUUACAAAAAAUGUUAUGGUGCUAAAUGAAGCAGGGCUGUGUUAUUUUGCUGCUCUGACUGAAAUAGGAUGGGUCUUCUGGCUAAUUUUAAGAUUUGAAAAUUGGUGAGAGUUCACCGGAUAUUUGGCUGGUAGGAAAGAGGAAAGUGUCUGUAAUGCAUCAUAUCGAGUAUCAUUUUCCCAUAGAGAAAUAAGGAACGUAAAUAUUAAAAGCAUAGAAAAAACGUUACUGAAUGUUAGACCAAUAUUUCAGCCUGUAGCUCUACUGUAAAAAUAAAAAAAAAUCAAAAAUUGUGAACAUUCUAACUGCCACUAAGUUUAGGAGUGAAAAUCUAAUUGGAUAUUACUGUAUGUGGCAAUGCAUGCUUAUAUUCAUCUUUCAGAGCAGAUAUUUGCACGUUAUACAGUGGCUUGCAUAAGUAUUCACCCCUCUCAAACGUUUCCACAGUUUGUAGUGUUAAAACCUGGAAGUGAAAUGAACUUUAUUAGGAUUAUAUAUCAUGAGUCAACACAAAAUAGCCCAUAAUACUGAAGUGGGUGGAAAAACGAAUACAUUUUGCAAAACUACUUACAAAUGAAAAUCGCAAAAGUUGUUUUUGCGUAAGUAUUCACCCCCCAUUGGUGUUAAACUACUGAAUUAGUUCUAAUUUCCAUCAAAAGUCACAUCAUUAAUUGAAUGGAAAGUGUCACAUGAUCUCAAUAUAAAUACACCUGUUCCUAGAAGGCCCCAGAAUUUUUUUUUAGAGAACAAACCUACACAAACAUCAUGCAGACCAAGGAGUUAUCAAAACAUGCCCAGGUCAAAGUUCUGGAAAAGUAUGAAUGAAUCUGGGUUUGGUUAUUUAAAAAUCCUUUUUCUGGACAUCCCGUGGAGCAACAUUAAAUCCAUUAUUAAUAAAAGUUAAGAAUAUAGCACAGCCCCGACUCGACCCGAGGCCGUCCACCAGAAGUAAAUGACGAGGUAAAGAACGAUUAGUCCUAGAAGUAAUCAACCAGUAUUCAAAAACCCAUGCACUAAAAAAACAACCCAAUUUUCAUUGCGUUGAACUUUCUUGGUUUGAUCUCACAAGAGAGUAUUGGAUCCUAUAAAUUAUCAAACACCAUGGCCUUAAAUAUCUAUUUUCUGAUAAUCGAAAGAUUUUAAUGAUCUCUACUAAUGUUAUAGAACAACUGUUAAUUGAUACAGGAAGUUGAUAAUGUAUGUUACAGAUGUUACAAUAUGUGUACGCCGGAUACUUCCCAUAACUGUGCGCAAGGGAAAACACUACAUGAUUCAGCUUCAACUCUUAAGUUUAUUACUAUUUCUGAGUGUAUAUGAUUGCAGCUCCUGAGAAACAGUAGGUGGAGCACAGCGUGUCCUGGAAAGACUUACUUAUGCCUCUGAUUCAUUGCUCAGGAUGCAGAACCAAACCUGAGAUCACUAAUACAGAAACACCUGUAAGAAAUUCUGUACUUGUGGAACCUAAUUUAUAUCACCAUAGGUUCAUCUUUCUAAUGCCUUGGUACAUCUUUUUUUAUUUUUUGUAACUUUGCCAGCUAUAAAGGAUCUUAUAAAAUGAUAUUCAAGACUCAGUUGUCACUAUAUAAUGAUAAACCUGGACUGUAAAAUAAUUUCCAAAUAAUUUGUAUAUCUGUAGUUUUAUACAAAACACUCAGUCUACACAAAAAUUGCAAUUUAUAUUUAUAUUUAUAUCAAGAACAAAUUAUGAAUAAGAAAAGGACAAUGUUACUGUGGAUAUAUACAUUUUAAAGGCAGUUCUGUGCAUGUCAAUAACAGAGUGGUCAUAAAUGUCUAGCCAAUUAAUAAUAAAAUCUCUGACUUUGACAGCGAAGGUUUUCUUCGUGUCUAAUAUCUUGUGCUUACAGUAAAAUUUUAAAGCAAUUUCAUUUGUAAACUGUUUCCUGGAUGUUGUGGGGGUAUGACUUCACAUCCUUCUAAAUUAAUUUCACACACUGCUUUGGUUGAAUUUUGAGUCAAAUGAAAUGACCGUCUUCCUGUGGUCACUGUUGAUUAAGCAAGUGUUAUUUCUAUUCAAGGAAA